UUCAGUCAACAAGUUGUUUAAAAAUACAAAUAAUUUAGUCUGUUAAAUUGUACCUCGUAAUAAUAUUGUAAAUAUAAUUUAAUCAAAUGAAAUAUUAUUGCAUAUUCUAAGUUGAAUAAACAUGAAUGGUCAUGUAAUAAACGAUCCACUUGCCGUGAUAUAUAAUGAAGGCCAGUGGCGAAUAAAUAGAGUAUCUCCGAUGCACAAUUUACAAUAUAGUGAAGUUAAACUAAAACAGUAUGCCUCUAAAAUUCGCCAAGCUUUUGUUAGCGCAAUUGCUACUAAUUCAACUUUAAAAUAUAGCGUAAUUAUUGAAAAUUUAUCUUUACUAAAAUACUCGGAAGAAGAUUCAAAUGGCUUAAUGAUAACAGUUACUUCAAGUUCGCAAGACAACAGCAGUGCUAAAAAUAAAAUAAUAUAUGUUGCAAUUCUUCUUUCAUGGGGUGUCAGUAUAUCUAUUGACAAUGCUACCCAUCUCCCUUACAUGCUCGAGCGGGGAGAACAGAAAGUGGGCCUAGCUGUUAAAAACACAUUGCAAACAAUUUUUGACUGCAAUAUAAAACAGUACAAUUUUACACAGCAUCAACUUUUACAAUUUGGGUUCAAUUUUGUUGAAAAUGACACCUCUCGGAGUACAGAUCCAUUUAUACUGAGUUAUAAGACACCUCAAGUUAAUUUUAAAGACAAACUCACAUUAUCAUUUGAGGUUGGUGAUGUGCAUACUAUCUGGAAUAGCAUAAAGGAUGAAGUCAACAGGGAAUCGGAAUCAGUGACCUUGGCUUACCAAAUUCUGCAAAAUCAAAUAUAUCACAUGAUGACUCUUGACAUAACUGUUUUUGAUCUGUGUGAAGUUUUAUUAUCAAAAGCAGAAGUGAAGAGUAAUGGUGUUGUGAAAAUGAAGACUCCCGAAAUUGUUAAUUCAGUAUUUACAGUUUUGAAUAACAUUACUUCCAAUUUAUAUAUCACUUUUCAUUAAAUAUUCAUGUUGUUAUAAUUUUUAGUUUAUUAUGAAUAAAGAUUUGUACCUGAA